AACAACAACUCAAUCAAAAUGCAAAACUCCCUAGACGACAUCUUCGGCUCCUCCCCCCCGUCCCUCGACACCCACACCACCACCACCACUGCACCGCAAAACGAACCCUCCGACCUCCCCUCCCUCCGCCGCCAACACGUCACAGCCGGCUACCGCGACGGCCUCGCCGCCUCGAAAUCCACACAAGUCCAAUCCGGCUUCGACGCGGGCUUCCCCGUCGGCGCCCAGCUCGGCAUGCGCGUCGGCACGAUUUUGGGAAUCCUAGAAGGGGCGAUCCGCGGGCUGGAGGCGCCGUCGCGGAAGGGUGUUCGUAAACCCGGUGGAUCCGCUGCUGCUGCUGCUACUACCAAGAAAGGGGAAACACCCCGCGAGAAGAAACGCGCGGACUUGCUGGGGCUGUAUCGUCGCGCGGUGCGGGAGUUGGAUAUCCGGAAGGUGUUUGAGGGGGUAGGGGUUUCUGCGGAUGAACUUUCGGGGGAAGGGGGGGAUCUUGCCGAGGGGACUGGCGCCCGGGAGAAGGAAAUGCCGGAGACGAAACUGGCCCGCAAGGCGGAGGAGGUGGUUGCGGCGUGGGAGCGCAGGGUCCAGGUGGCGCUGUGGGAGGAGAAUAUGGAUGCGUUGGAGUGGAAGGAGGUGGUGGGUUGA